AUUCGAGGACAAAGUUUGAAUGCUCAGAAAUAUGUCACUUUCUGCGUCAUCAGUUGAUUUUAUCAGCCUGGACAAUUUCGCUAUGAGCUGUAUAUAUAACGGAUUAAAUCCCUCUACUCAUGUUCAACCCUCUGCUAACCACUUCAAGUAUGAGUUUCUGCAAGGACUGCAUCCAAGGCGUACGUCACGAGGGCGAGCCUUCAGGAACGCUCGAGACCAUCGCCGGUGUCGCUUGCUACGUCGCCAUCCCUAAUGUCGAUUAUGCCAAGGACAAAGUCAUCCUCCUCCUACCAGAUGCCUUUGGUAUCGAACUCAUCAAUGCUCAGCUCCUCGCCGAUGACUUUGCCAAAAACGGCUUCAAGGUCGUCGCGAUCGACUAUUUCAACGGCGAUGGUCUUCCCGCUGAUAGGGUCUUGAACGAUAAAUCAUUCGACUUCCGAGGAUGGCUUGCCACCCAUGGCGCCGAGGUCACUCGUCCCCCACUCGACAAGGUCAUCGCUGCGCUCAAAGAGGAAGGCGUUACAAAGUUCGGGGCCACGGGUUACUGCUUCGGCGGUCGGUACAUCUUUGACCUCGCAUUCGAUAACAUCAUCCAAUGCGCUGUUGUCUCCCACCCUUCGCUCUUGAUUCUCCCUGAAGACCUCGAGACAUAUUUUUCAAAAUCCACAGCGCCUCUCCUGAUCAACUCAUGCGAGCAUGAUAAAUUAUUCCCUGCGGAAGCUCAAGCAAAGGCCGAUGAGAUUUUAGGCAAUGGGAAGUUUGCUCCGGGGUACAGGCGCGAGUACUUUCCUGGAUGCACGCAUGGGUUUGCUGUCCGUGGUGAUUUGAACGACCCACUGGUCAAGGCUGGAAAAGAAGGAUCGUUCCUGGCUAGCGUGAAGUUCUUCUUGGAGUACCUGUGACCUGCAUGUUCGCGGCGUUGCAAGAGAUGCAAUUCAAUCUCAAAUACAAUGAUAAUGUAGAAUAUUUACUACUGUUACAUUUCUACUUCAUCCUCAGUGGUGGAAGAGCCUGAGAGAGGUGUGCGCAAACACCAUCUCGUGCUCAUCCGCGGCCUUGAUACACUCUUCGUCCAUCACACUUCCGCUAGGCGCAGCGAGGUAUCUCACUCCGCUCUUCCUAGCCCGGUGCACGUUAUCCGCAAAUGGGAAAAACGCAUCACUCGAACAAGCAACCUCAUCCAACUUCUCAGCCCAUUCCUUCUUCUCCGACUGGCUGAGCGGCGCGGGC